UCCCCUUUUGGGGGCAUGGCUUUGUCUCUGCUGCUGCUGCAGCAGGGGGGAAAAAGGGGGCUCCUUCCCCCCAAAUGAAGGGGAACUUGGGCACUUUGGCAGCAGGGGCCCCUCUUUGCAACGUGGUCUGCCACCAUGCCCAGUGCCAGCGGCUGAACCGCGCGGCUCCGCUGCGCUUGUGCGAGUCGUGCGACGCACGCUUCCACGGCGAGAUGCACUUCGACCGGCACAUCCGCUUCGACCUGCCGCCCCAAGGGCCGGUCCUGGCGCGGAACGUCUCCACGCGCUCCUGCCCUCCGCGCACCAGCCCGGCCUCGGACGUGGAAGAGGAAGGGGACGGCCCCGCCGAGGGGAAAGGGGACCGAAAGAGCUCCGCUUUGAAGCUCCCCAAGAAGAAGGCCCGGAGAAGACACACCGACGAUCCCAGCAAGGAAUGCUUCACCUUGAAGUUCGACUUCAGCCUCGACGUCGAGACGGAGAUCGUGCCGGCCAUGAAGAAGAAGGCGCUCGGGGAAGUCCUCCUCCCGGUCUUUGAGCGGAAGGGCAUCGAGGUGGCCAGAGUGGACGUGUACCUGGACCAGUCCCACACCCCGCUCUCCCUCCACUUCGAGGCCUAUCGCUUCGGGGGGCACUACCUGCGGGUCAAAGCCAAACCCGGGGAGGAGCUGAAGGUGGAGCAGGCGGUCAAGGACCUGCGGUCACUCAGCCUGCCUCUCCUGCGGCCGCUGCCUGGACACAGCCCCCCGCCGCUCCCAAGCGCUUCCUCUCUGGACCGGGUGGAGAUGGUCCCGCUCCGCAGGGAGAGCGCCGACAUCCUGGCUCCCGGGAGGCAGCGGAAGAACAUGACAGAGUUCCUGGGCGAGGCCAGCAUCCCCGGCCAGGACCCCCCCGCCUCCCCCUGGCCGGGGCCCGGACCCCCCAACGGGCACGUCGACACCUGGAAGAACCGGGCCGCCAGCCGAUUCAGUGGGUUCUUCGGGGCCGGAAGCAGCGCGGGAGGGCCUUUCGCACGGGAGAUGGACAAGCUGGAGCAGCUGGAGAGGAGCCUGCACAGCUACAGCCUCUUUGGCCUGCCCCGGCUCCCUCCGCCCCUGCGCUUCGACCAGGACUCCUGGGAGGAGGAAGAGGUCCAGGAAGAGGUCCAGAAGGAGGAGGAAGACCAGGAGGAGGAGGAGGCCACGCUCAACCUGGAGGACAGCUGGCAGGACAUCAUCGAGGGCAGCCAGAACUUGACCCGACGGCAGUGUCACCAGCAAGAGGCCAUCUGGGAGCUCUUGCACACCGAGGCCACCUACAUCAAGAAGCUGAAGGUCAUCACCGAUCUCUUCCUGUGUUGCCUUUUGAACUUGCAAGAAUCAGGGCUCCUCUGUGAGGUGGAGCCCGAGCGCCUCUUCAGCAACAUCCCGGAGAUCAUCCAGCUGCAUCGCUCUCUUUGGCGGAGCGUCAUGGUUCCCAUUCUGGACAAGGCUCGCACCACGCGGACCCUGCUGGACCCCAACGACUUCUUGAAGGGCUUCAAGGCGUUCGGCUCCCACUUCAAGCCCUACAUCCGCUACUGCAUGGAGGAGGAGGGCUGCAUGGAGCACAUGCGGAACCUGCUGCGCGACAACGAGCUCUUCCGCCUCUACGUCACGUGGGCUGAGAAGCACAAGCAGUGCAACCGGCUGAAGCUCAGCGACAUGUUGGUGAAGCCCCACCAGCGCCUGACCAAGUACCCACUGCUCCUCAAGUCCGUGCUGAAGAAGACGGAUGAGCCUCGCACCCGGGAGGCCAUCGUCACCAUGAUCAACUCGGUGGAGCGCUUCAUCAACCACGUCAACUCGCGCAUGCGCCAGCGCCAGGAGCAGCAGCGCCUGGCCUCCAUCGUGAGCCGGAUCGACGCCUACGAAGCCGUGGAAGGCAGCAACGACGAAGUGGACAAAAUCCUGAAGGAGUUCCUGCGGUUGGACCUGAUGGCCCCGAUCCCCGGAACAUCCUUGGAGGAGACCCGGCAGCUCUUGCUGGAAGGCAGCCUGAAGAUGAAGGAGGGGAAAGACAGCAAGAUGGACGUCUACUGCUUCCUCUUCACGGACCUCUUCCUCAUCACGAAGCCGGUCAAGAAAGCCGAGCGCACCAAGGUCAUCCGGCCGCCCCUCCUGCUGGACAAGGCUGUCUGCCGCGCCCUCAAGGACCCCGGCUCCUUCCUGCUGAUUUACCUGAACGAGUUCCGGAGCGCGGUGGGGGCCUACACCUUCCAGACCAGCGGUCAGUCCUUGUGCCGGAGUUGGGUGGACGCCCUCUGCAACGCCCAGAACAAGCUGCAGCACUUGCGCCUGAAGGAGCACCAGCGCAGCCAGCAGUUGCAGAGCCUGGAGGAAGAGGAAGAGGAAGAAGAGGAGGAAGAGGAAGAGGAAGGCGAGGGGGCCGGGAGCGGGGCCUCGGGGGGCAGCUCCCCCACCCUCCUCCGCAAGAGCUCCAACAGCCUCGACUCCCAGCAAAGCCUCUCUGACUCCGGUUCCACCGAGACCCUCUCCGUCCUGGCCGUGGACCCCGUCGAGACCCCCAUCGAGGCCCCCGCUUCUCCCACUUUGGCGGAAUCUCAUUUGGACGCCGCCUCCCUCGGCACCGCCGCAUCCUCCUCCUCCUCCUCUUCCUCGGCGACGACGACGACCCCGACGGCGGCCCCGGACCCCGUUCUACCCCCGGACUCGGACUCCUGCCGCUCGUCCUCCAUCGACAGCGCUUACGGGACCCUCUCGCCCACUUCCGUCGAGGAGGAGUUUGCUGAGCGGCAGACUGUGACGAAGGAGGAGGGGGAUGCUCACACGGCGCCGUGCCAGCGUGUCCGCCGGCAAACGCCCGUCCAGCUCCUCCCCUCCAAGACCAAAGUGUUGAAGUCCAAGUCGGAGGCCAACCUCUUGCAACUGACUUCGGGGGGGUCCUUGCAACUGGCCCAGAGCAGGAGCCUCUCGGAACUGUGCCCGGACCCCCGGACUAACGGGUCGUCCCAGCACGAUGACGGUGAACCCUCCGGCGGCGGCAGCGGAUCGGAGUCAUCGGAAGCAGAGGAAGCGCCGUCGCCGGAAGUGUCUCGGUCCGUCGGCGUUGGGGAAGGGAGUCCUGGAUGGGGGUCCAACCCCAAAGAAGGGCCACCCGCCCCCCGCCGGACGCUCUCGGACCCCCAGACCGCCGCCCAGCACCGCAAGCUGACCCUGGCACAGCUCUACCGCAUCCGCACCACGCUGCUGCUCAACUCCACGCUCACCGCCUCGUGA